AUGGCGGCCACUUCAAACGCAGACAACAAGGGCCACGAAGCCCUCAACCCGAUACACCCGUCCCUAGUGGACCGUCUAGAUCCCGCCUUUGUCGACCUCUACAACAAGCAUGUCGCAAACACGCCAAACAAGCCGAUCGACCUGGCUGUGCUCCGCAAGGUCUACUCGCGCCUAUAUUCCUACGGGACCGCGCCCGCGCCAGAGGUCGGCAGGGAGUGGGAAGCGCAGGUGCCCGGCUGGAGCAAGUACCCCGGCGACAUAGCCCUGAGGGUGUACGAGCCGGCCGGCGAGAAGCCCUCGGCUGGCUGGCCGGUCCAUUUCGACUUCCACGGCGGAGGCUGGGGCCUCGGCGACCUCGAGACCGAGGCGCACAUCUGCCGCCACAUCUGCUCCGCCGCCGGCGUCGUCGUCAUCGACGUCGACUACCGGCUGGUACCCGAGUUCCCCUUCCCCAUCGGCAUCGAGGACUGCUUCGCCGCGACGCGGCACUGCCUCGCGCACGCCGCCGAGUUCGGCGGCAUCAACCCGGCCAUCGUGACCCUCGGCGGCGUGUCCGCGGGCGCCAACAUCGCACUCGUGGUCAACCACCUCACGCGCGACGCCGGGAUCCCCGUCCGCGGCGUCGUCGUCGGCACGCCGACGAUCGCCGACCUGCGGCCCUUUGCGGCGGCGGCCGACUGCCCGUUCCCCAGCGUGCGGGAGAUGGAGUUCGCGCCGACGCUGAACUGGGCGCGGCUGAAGUGGUUCGACAAGAUCAAGUGGGACUCGAUCGGCGAAGUUGACGAGAAGACUAAAGAAGAGCGUAUGCGUGACGUCAAGUGGUACGCCGACGCGGCGACGGCGCCUGACUGGAAGGGCCUGGCGGACCUGACGGUCAUCAUGACGGCCGAGUGCGACCCGUUGCGGGACGAGGGCGAGGCGUACGCGAAGAAGGUCGAGAAGGCGGGGAAUAAGGUCGUGCUGAAGAGGUUCCCGGCCGUGCCGCAUCCGUUCUAUCAUAUGGACACCGACCUGGAGCAGGCGAGGGAGUUUAUUCGGGAUACUUGUGAUUAUAUCAAGCAGUGUCAUACGUAG